AAGCUGCUGGACCCGCCGACCCGGCAGGCCCGUCAGAAGCUCCGGCUGCUGCAGCGUUCUUCGUCUCCAAGUGAGGAAAGUUUCCAGCAGACGAUCCGACAGCGACUCCACGGAAACCAGCUGCCGCCUCGUCCUCCAUGGCGGGCCUGGAGGCGUUCGCUGACGCCGCCUCCCUGCUGUCUUUGAACUCCAGCGUCUUCUUCAGCGAGACGCCGGCGCCGUGCGUGAGGGACCCGCUUGACGCUCUGGUCGUCAAUGUCGGGGGGAGUCGCUACGUCCUGUCCCAGGAGCUGCUGGCGUCCCACCCAGAGACUCGCCUGGGGAAGCUGGUCUGCUGCGGUCGAGACGCUGCGCUGGAGCUCUGCGAUGACGCAGACUUCCUCCUGAAUGAAUUCUUCUUCGACAGAAGCUCCCAAACCUUCCAGUAUGUGAUGAACUUCUACCAGACGGGUCACCUUCAUGUCAUGGAGGAGCUGUGUGAGAUCUCCUUCCUCCAGGAGAUCGAGUACUGGGGCAUCGACGAACUCCGCAUCGACUCCUGCUGCCGAGAACGCUACUACCGCCGCAAGGAGCAGAAAGAGUCCCUGGAUGUCCAGCAGGAGUUUGAGACUGAUGAAGAAGAGGAGGACUUUGUAGGUACGCUCUGUCCAGGCCUGCGUCGGCGUCUCUGGGACAUUCUGGAGAGACCGGAAUCGUCUCGCGCCGCCCGAACUUUUGGCUCCCUCUCCAUCUUCUUCGUGGUGCUGUCAGUCGUCAACAUGGUGCUGAUCUCUCUGGACCUGGACCAGGACUUCGGCGUGAGCUGGCUCGGCGCCAGCGGGCCGCGGCUGCUCGACGGCGUGGAGUACGUGUGCGUCCUGUGGUUCACAGGUGAGCUGGUGCUGCGCUUCGCCUGCGUCCGGGACAAGUGCCGGUUCAGUCGAAGCAUCCCCAACGUGAUCGACCUGCUGGCCAUCCUGCCCUUCUAUGUGACGCUGGCAGUGGAGAGCCUCCAUGGCGGCUCCACCGAGCUGGAGAACGUGGGCCGGGUGGUCCAGGUGCUGCGCCUCCUCCGGAUCCUGCGCAUGCUGAAGCUGGGUCGACACUCCACAGGCCUGCGCUCUCUGGGAAUGACCAUCGCUCAGUGUUAUGAGGAAGUCGGCGUGUUGCUCCUCUUCCUCGGCGUGGGAAUCUCCAUCUUUGCCGCCCUGGUGUUCGCCCUGGAGCACGACCUCCCGGCUUCCACCUUCACCAGCGUGCCGGCCGCCUGGUGGUGGGCCACCACCUCCAUGACCACGGUGGGCUACGGCGACGUGCGUCCCGACUCGGCGGCAGGGAAGACGCUGGCCUUCCUCUGCAUCCUGUCUGGCAUCCUGAUCCUGGCGCUGCCCAUCGCCAUCAUCAACGACCGCUUCUCCGCCUGCUACUUCACCCUGAAGGUCCGGGAGGCCGCGCUGCGCCACGCCGACACACUCCGGAGGCUGACCCGCGGCUCGCUGGGGGGCGGAGCCGACCCCACUGGGGGCAGAGCCAACCUGAGGGACGCCUACGCCCGCAGCGUCCUGGAGAUGCUGCGACUGCACCGCCGAGAAAGGGCAAGCACGCGCAGCAGUGGGGGCGACGAGCUGUGGGGCAAAUGACGUGCUGG